GAGUGCAGAGCUACGACAAAAUGGCCGUCGUACAAAGAAAGGAGAGACAACAGGCAGUCGGACAAGGGAGGGCGGAGGUGAUGUCAUGGGAGCGACUGUAGGGGAAGUGUGAUGUGGCUGUGAGGGGAUCACCAUGUCUGCCAUUUUUAAUUUCCAAAGCCUGUUGACGGUGAUUCUUCUGCUAAUAUGCACAUGUGCAUAUCUCCGAGCCAUGGUUCCCAAUCUUCUUGAUAAAAAUAAAACUGGAGUACUUGGGAUUUUUUGGAAAUGUGCAAGAAUUGGUGAAAGGAAAAGUCCGUACGUGGCUGUAUGCUGUGUGGUUAUGGCUUUUAGUAUACUCUUCAUGCAGUAAUCUGCCAGCUUUAUCCGUUCUUCAUGUGCAAAAAAUAUUGUUGUCAUUGUCAAUAUGUAAUUUCUAUGAUACAUCAACUACUUCAUGUUUUGGAUCCAAGACCGCUGAGGAAUCCUAAGGAUGUUUAAAACUGGAGCUCAAGAUGGACAGCGGCAGUUUUUUUAAAUUAUUUUUUUUUUUUUCCAAAAUGUCAUUUUAUUUUGGAAGUGAUAUUUAUCUCGAAUAUUUGUCUUUUUGAAAAGGUCGAGAGAAUUAUUUCUAAACCUGCAAUUGAAGAAAAAAAUGUUUUUACCAUAAUGGUUUGAAUUAGUAAAUAAAGUUGAUAACAUUUUUUUUCAGAAACCA